AUGUUGAGCCCUGCCAACGGGGAGCAGAUCCACCUGGUGAACUAUGUGGAGGACUACCUGGACUCCAUCGAGUCCCUGCCUUUCGACCUGCAGAGGAACGUCUCGCUGAUGCGGGAGAUCGACGCGAAAUACCAAGAAAUCCUGAAGGAAUUAGAUGAGUACUACGAGAGGUUUAAACGGGAGACGGACAGCAACCAGAAGAGGAGAGUGUUGCACUGCAUUCAGAGAGCCCUGAUCCGGAGCCAGGAGCUGGGUGACGAGAAGAUCCAGAUCGUGAGUCAGAUGGUGGAGCUGGUGGAGAACAGGACCAGGCAGGUGGACAGUCACGUGGAACUCUUUGAGGCACACCAAGAGGUCAAUGACACCACUGGCCACAGUGGCAAAGCUGGCCAGGAUAAGUCCAAGAACGAGACAAUCAUGCAGGCAGAAAAGCCCAAUAACAAGAGGUCUCGGAGACAGCGCAACAAUGAAAAUCGGGAGAAUGCAGCCAAUAAUCACGACCACGACGACAUCACCUCAGGAACACCUAAGGAGAAGAAAGCAAAGGCCUCCAAGAAGAAGAAACGUUCCAAGGCCAAAGCAGAGAGGGAAGCAUCCCCUGCAGACCUUCCCAUCGACCCAAAUGAGCCCACGUACUGUCUGUGCAAUCAGGUCUCCUAUGGAGAAAUGAUCGGUUGUGACAAUGACGAGUGCCCCAUCGAGUGGUUCCACUUCUCCUGUGUAGGACUGAAUCAUAAACCAAAGGGCAAGUGGUACUGUCCCAAAUGUCGAGGGGAGAAUGAGAAAACAAUGGAUAAAGCCCUGGAGAAAUCCAAAAAAGAGAGGGCUUAUAACAGGUAG